AUGGAAUCUAUCCAUUCAAGGCUCUCACUUAGUGCAAUGAACAUUAAUCUUCGAGUAUUUACAGAGCCUCGCGGUUUAAUUCGUGCUCUUCAAUUUCUAUUCGCAAUAGUCGCUUUUGCUAUCGCAUGUAGUGGCGAUUCUUCAGCAGCAUUUUCCAUCAAUAAAGGAAAUGAUUCAAUACAAGCAUCAUGGGCUUAUCCUUAUGGUUUAAAAGGUUCAUCGAUGAUCGUGACUUCUACAAAUGAAAUACUAAACACAAUAUCUGAUUCAAAUAGUGCAAAACCAUCAGCAGAAUUUUUUGUAUUUACAGGUGUUACAUCUAUGCUGUUAUCACUCACAUUUUGUAUAAUUUAUAUUUUUUUCGAUCAACCAUAUCGCAAUGAUUGGCGUUAUUCUAUGAUUGAUUUUGUUAUCAUAAUAAUCUGGUCUAUUUUUUGGAUUGCCGGAAGUUCAGCUUGGGCCAAAGGUGUAUCAGAUAUUCGUUCACAGACCAGUUUGAACGCAUUAGCUAGACGUUCCGAGUCAUGCGGUUCUACGUCAGACUGUAUAACCAUUAGAGCUGGUACUUAUGGAAGUAUAAUUUCGUCUGUUAUAUUUGGCUUUUUAAAUUUUGUACUUUGGGUUGGCAGUGCUUGGUUUGUUUUUAAGGAAACAAAGUUUUUUAAAAGUCGAACAGAACAAAAACAACAACAACAACAUUCGCAAGACUUCCCACCAACUAGUUUUUCUAAUAUGGGUUCGCCAACGAUGGAGCAUGAACCACAAUUUCGUUAA